GCCGCCGCCACCGCCCCUUCCGCCGACGCGGGGAGGCGAGGGGCGGCCGGGCCGGGCCGGGCGCGCAGGAUGCUCCGGUCCCUCUGGAGUUUCCUCAAGCGGCACAAGAAGAAAUGCCUCGUCCUCGGCACCUUCCUCGGCGGAGUCUAUUUACUGGGAAAAUAUGGGCAGAAGAAAAUCAGAGAAAUCCAAGAACGAGAAGCAGCUGAAUACAUUGCCCAAGCGCGAAGGCAGUAUCAUUUUGAAAGUAAUCAGAGGACGUGCAAUAUGACAGUGCUGUCAAUGCUCCCAACAUUGAGGGAUGCCUUAAUGCAUCAAUUAAAUUCUGAGAGUCUCACGUCUCUUCUUAAAAAUAGGCCAGCAAACAAGUUAGAAAUAUGGGAGGAUUUAAAGAUAAUAAGUUUCACAAGAAGCAUUGUAGCUGUAUAUAGUACCUGUAUGCUAGUAGUUCUUUUGCGAGUCCAGUUAAAUAUUAUUGGCGGUUACAUCUACCUAGAUAAUGCUGCACUCUGCAAAAACGGCACAACACCACUAGCUCCCCCUGAAGUUCAGCAGCAAUAUUUAUCAAGUAUUCAGCACCUUUUAGGAGAUGGACUGACUGAGUUAAUAACUAUUGUUAAACAAGCUGUGCAUAAAGUUUUUGGAAGUAUUUCCCUUAAGCACACCCUAUCUCUUCUGGAGCUGGAACAGAAAGUUAAAGAUAUCAGGGAAGUAGUGGAACAUAAAGAUUCAGAUCAGAUUGCAUCUCACUCUCCCUUAUGUCAUUAUCUGAUGCCAGAUGAAGAAAAUCCCUUGGCUACCCAGGCCUGUGGACUCACAGAAAGAGACAUUGCUACAAUUAAAUUACUUAAUGAAACUAGAGAUAUGCUAGAAAGUCCAGACUUCAGUACAGUUUUGAGCACAUGUUUAAAUAGAGGAUUCAGUCGACUACUGGACAAUAUGGCAGAGUUUUUUAGACCUACUGAAAAGGACCUCUCUCAGAAUGGCUCUGUAAAUAGUCUUUCCAGUGUCAGUCUUCCUUUAGCCAAGAUAAUUCCAAUAAUAAAUGGACAGAUCCAUUCAGUAUGCAGUGAAACACCCAGUCACUUUGUUCAGGACCUGUUGAUGAUGGAACAAGUGAAAGAUUUUGCUGCUAAUGUUUAUGAAGCUUUUAGUACCCCUCAGCAACUAGAGAAAUGAACUGCACAUUUAUAGGAAUAGAUCCUGUAUUUAUAACAAAUCCCUUGUGACUACUGAUGAGACUUGGGUUAAUUUUAUAAUGGUGUAGGAGUGGUAGACCAGCAGAAAGAACAUCCUGAAAAAAGUGGGAGUGAGCCCAUAUUUGUUCUAAUAGAAUUCUGUUUCAAACACCCAUUAAAAAUAUUCUUGUUGAAAGAAUCAUUGUAUGUAAAGACUUUUCUAUUAAAGUGGUUAAACUCUU